AUGCCCAUAAAACUAAAUUUUAGACCACGUCCACCUCCACCACGACCACCAGCUGGACUACCAUAUAAAGGUCAUAAUCUUACACGCUUACGAGGUGCAAUGAUUGGAAUAAAUCUUGGAAAGCAAGACUUUCUAGAUCUUGAUAGUUCGAAUGCAAACCAUGUGCGUUGGCAAUUAACAUGGAAUGGAUUUCCUCAUAGUCCAACAGAUAAUGGUAAUAUUUCUGCUUACAAUAUUUGGCUUGAAAGUGCACUCAAACAUCUUGAUUCAAUGUUAGGCAUUUGUCGUCAAUUAGGAAUCCGCAUUCUUGUUGACUUGCACACACCACCUGGUGGAGUUAACUCUGAAUACGAAUUUAAUUUAUUUAAAGAGAAACGUUUUCAAGACACAUUUCUUAUGACAUGGGACAAGAUAGAGAGACGUUAUAAAACUGAAUCAAUUAUUUGGGGCUAUGACCUUAUCAAUGAGCCCAUUGAAGGUAUUGUUCCCGAUAAUUUGAUGGAUUGGCGUGAAUUAGCAAUCGCCACUGUUAAACGUAUUCGCGCAAUAGAUUCACAACACGCAGUAAUUAUAGAAGCAGCUCCGGGGGGAGGACCUGAAGCUUUAGCCGAUUUCGAACCAUUACCUUUUAAUGAACUUGUUUAUUCAUUUCAUAUGUACGAACCUCUGGAAUUCACUCAUCAAAAUAUUUAUAAUGAUGGUUCACCUAUUCCAUAUCCGGGUUUUAUCAAUGGUAAAAUGUGGAAUAAAGACCAAUUACGUCUUAAUAUGAACCGUGUUCUCAGUUGGCAACGUGACUAUAAUGUUCAUAUAUAUGUUGGCGAAUUUUCUGCUAUUCGUUGGGCGCCAGGUAAUAGUACUUACAAUUAUUUACGUGACGUUAUUGACAUUUUUGAAGAAAAUGGAUGGGAUUGGGCUUAUCAUGCAUUUCGUGAAUGGCCAGGUUGGAGUGUCGAACAUGUUGGUGACAAAUAUCAUACCCAACUUGCACUGACUCCAACAAAUCGACAACAACUGUUAACGGAUUGGUCCAAGAAAAAUAAACAUUAG